AUGUUCGAAAAUCUGUGUACACUUCCUCUCUCUUCGGAGCUGUUCACCCAAGCUCUCCAUCCCAAUGAGCCAAUCCUCGCUGUCGGGUUGUUUGGCGGGCAUGUUGAAUCAUUUCGACUCCCAGCUGUGGCGGGCACCCAGAGCGACGAUGAUGAUGGUGACGGCGACACCAGUGUCCUGUCGACCGGCACAAGUACGAUAGAAACUGAAUGGCGCACAAGGAGACAUAAGGGUAGCUGCAGAGCCCUGGCGUACAGUGCCGAUGGCGAAGCUCUCUACUCAGCUGGCACAGAUGGAAUUUUGAAAGCGGCAUCAUCCUCCACUGGCAAGGUCCUAUCCAAAAUCCUCCUUCCCCUCACUCCAUCCUCUGAUUCCAUCGAUCCGCCGACUCUCAUCCACGCUCUAUCCCCACAAACACUACUCCUCGCGACCGAUUCUGGAGCGUUGCAUCUCUAUGAUUUGCGCACAUCCUCAACCUUUGCAACCGGUAAACCGAGCCAAACACACUAUCCACACGAAGACUAUAUCUCGUCUCUCACUCCUCUCCCUCCAUCGGCGGCUAGCACAAGCGGCCUCAGUAAGCAAUGGGUUACUACUGGAGCCACUACAUUGGCAGUCACAGAUCUUAGACGAGGAGUUUUAGUGAAGAGUGAGGACCAGGAAGAAGAGUUGCUCAGUAGUGUAUACGUUGGAGGCCUACCUCACAGACCGGGACGAAGCUCGGGGGAGAAGGUACUUGUGGGGAGCUCGACUGGUGUUUUGACACUAUGGGAGAAGGGUGUUUGGGAUGAUCAGGAUGAGCGGAUUUAUGUCGAUCGAGGAAUAGGGGGCGGGGAAAGUUUGGACUCACUUGUUGUGAUGCCCGAGGGCGUCGGAGAUGGUGGGAAGAAUGUCGUCGUUGGAUGUGGUGACGGCACCAUCAGGAUUGUUCAACUGGGCCAAAAUAGAGUUAUGGGCGAGCCAUUGAGACAUGACGAGGUCGAGGCAGUGGUUGGCUUGGGAUUCGAUGUUGGAGGGAGACUGAUUAGUGGAGGUGGUUCCAUUGUCAAGGUGUGGGAGGAGAAGCUAUCAUUGGACGACGAAGAGGACUCCGAAGAGGAUGUGGGUUUGAAAAAGCGCACGUUGGAUGGAGAUGAUUCCAAUGAUAGCGAUAAAGAUGCUGCUGACAGUAGUGAUGACGAGGAAGGAGCUCGAAAGCGACGGAAGAAGCGGAAGAAGGGGAAGGGAAAAGUAUCUGAUAGCGGGAUUCUUAAGUUCAAAGGAUUGGAGUAG